AUGGUGGUGGGCGUGAUGGUCCUUGGUCAGCUACUGACGAGGAUUCUGCUCGCUGCCCAUGCCGGCGAUCGACUCGCGGCGGCUCGCAGAAUACUCAGAGACGUGCCGCUAAUAGAUGGGCACAACGAUCUCCCGUGGAACAUACGCAAGUUUCUGAAGAAUCAGCUGAGGGAAUUCAGGUUUGAUGACCUAAGGGACACCCACCCUUGGUCGCGUAGCGCCUGGAGCCACACGGAUCUCAGAAGAUUGAAGGAGGGCAUGGUUGCAGCGCAGUUCUGGUCAGCUUACGUGCCCUGCUCCUCCCAGUACCUCGACUCGGUCCAGCUGGCCCUGGAGCAGAUCGACCUGAUUCGCCGGUUGGUCAACAAGCAUCCUGAAAGCAUGGUCCUCGUUACCACGGCGGAAGGUAUCGAGAGGGCGCACAAGGAGGGUAGAUUAGCGAGCCUGAUAGGGGUCGAAGGAGGCCACGCGGUUGGUGCGAGCCUGGCGGUUCUGAGGAUGCUGUACGAGUUGGGUGCCAGAUAUCUCACCCUCACUCAUACGUGUAACACGCCUUGGGCAGAAUGCAGCACAGCGGAUGAACCCGGUCAAGUGGCUCGCAUCGGUGGUCUCUCCAAUUUUGGCAAGAACAUCGUGCUGGAGAUGAAUCGUCUGGGAAUGAUGGUGGACCUGUCCCACGUCUCGGUGCCCACGAUGCUAGUAGCCAUGCAGACCUCGAGGGCACCCGUUAUCUUCAGCCAUAGCAGCGCCCAUGCACUCUGCAAUUCCUCGCGAAACGUGCCUGACCAUGCGCUUAGACGUUUGGCGCACACCGACGGUAUAGUUAUGGUAUCCUUCUACCCCCACUUCAUCAGCUGCGGCGAGAAAUCGACGCUCGAGGACGUGGCCGCCCACAUCGAUCACGUGCGAGCGGUCGCUGGAAUCGAUCACGUCGGAAUAGGAGCCGGAUACGACGGGAUCAAUCUGACACCGACGGGCCUGGAGGACGUGAGCAAAUACCCGGAGCUUUUCGCGGAGCUGUUAGCGCGAGGCUGGUCGGAGAAAGACAUUCAGAAGCUGGCGGGUCUCAAUCUCAUUCGCGUGUUCAAGGCCGUGGAGAAGGUUCGCGACGACAUGGCCGAGGAGGGGGUGGAACCCAUGGAGGAGGAAAUCCCGCACGAGGAUAUAAUCGGGCGGAAUUACUGCCGUUACAGCGUGAAACGACUGAUGGCUCCGUAG